UACUUCAUUUCCUCACUAGAAAGUCAACACCCAUGCACGCUCCAUUUCCUGUAGGUUUCCAAUAGUUCUUUCAUUUACUACGUAUUUGUCUUGAUGAUUUGAAAUAUGAAGAUGAUUCUUGCUAUUUUGGUUCUAUUGCCUGGACUAAGCUAUGGUUUUUUGAAACCCAGUGACACCAUGUGCAAAGCCACAGAGACAAAAAGCACCUGUUCUGUGAUGCUCGGAGGAAAUAUUUUCUUACAAGUUAUGAGCAAUGCUUCCACCUAUAGGAUCCAGUUCAAGAAACAGCUUCCCAGUGGAUCUAAGGAGGUGCUUGCAAUUAAAAAAGAAAGAUUGUUAAUACGUGAAGAUUCAUUCAGCAACCGUACGGAGGCGUUCAUAAACAAUGGAACAAUUAAGAUUCAAAAUUUGCAGUGGGAGGAUGCAGGAAAAUACAAAGUGGAAAUUUAUGACACAAAGGGAUCCAAUGUGAAAACAGUGGAGAUGACACUAGAAGUGAAGGCAAACCUAUGGCCUAUUGUUGUGAUUGCUGGUUCUUCUGUGGGGGCUUUUCUGGUGCUGGUCCUCAUAUCAGUUUGUAUUUACAGAAAAGUCAAGACAAACAAGCAACCAGGUACAGCAAUAUGAAAGAAGUUGCAUCAUAUUACAAGAAAUAAUUCAAAAUCUUUGGACACAUUGUAUAACCUCAGUAAUAACUGUAAUGGACACACUUGCGAUGAGGGGCCUGUUCCAAAUGCUAUUUUGCAGAUGAAUGAAUUUCUGAUUUGAGUCUUUCAAAUAUAAUAUAAACGUGACAAAUUUCUGCUUUUUUAUUUAUACCAUAAGUUCUUUCCCCAUGUUAUUUAAAUUCUGAAUGAACCUAAAAGGCUACAUAUUUAUAUCUGAACACAAAGUGAAGUUGAUAAGCAUUCACUUCACACAAUAUUGGUACACAAACAACAACCCAACAUAAUAUGAAACAAGGGCAUUUUGUCAGUUUAAAUUUCAGACAAUGUCUUUGAUAACUGACAACCACAAUUACAGUCAUUGGUUGUUUUAAAUCUCCCAUGUCAAAUCAAAUCAAUUUGACCUGUUGCUCUAGCAGCAUUGAAGGAUGGAUGAAAUACAGAGGACAAAUUUCCCUGAAUCAAUAAAAUUAUACCUUAACCUGAUUCAAAUGUGUCAUUGUAAUACGUGGCAUACUUUUGUUUCAUAUACUGGUAUUUUGAAGUAAAUGUGUAAAUAUUAGAGGUGUUCUGUGAUAUAUUGUGAUACGUCAUUGCACAAUUCUUGAAUUGAUUCAAAAUGUAUCUGAAUCAAUUUUAUUUAAUUAAAUAAUAUUUUUCACAAAAAGUUAAAUUCACUGUUCUCAUGAUUUAAAAAAAAAAAUUCUAAACUAUAUUUCAUACAGUUUUGAUCUUAUAAGUAAAGUUUUACUUUUUAAUUUUAAUUUUAGAUAAAUCACAAUAUAUCAUCUAUUGUUUUAGUGUCGUGAUAUAUUGUGACAUAAUGAAUUGUGACAUACAUAUUGUCAGAAUAAUUCUAUUAUCCCAUAUUUGCUAAAUGCUUGUGUGUUAUUCUAGACCUAUGAGUUAACCAUUUAUGUACUACAAUUCUUUGAUUUAUAAUGUACCAAUCAUUUGUAUGAAUAUGAAUAACCUCUUUGUUCUUAACACCUGUGUGCAGUGACCUAUCGCUCUUGUGAACCUCGAGAUGAUUCCUCACAUGAAACCAACUCCCACUGUCACACAUGCAAGAGUUAUGAUGGUGUCUGACUAUACCUACGGCACCUCCUGAUUGUUAAUCAUGUUUUAUGUGUUUGAACUAUGAAUAGCUGCAUCAGUUUCUUAUUAUGUCUUUGCUGAUUCCCCCUUCCCCUUGAGAAUUAUCAUUCUGUAACUAGGGCCUCCUAAUGAAAUAAAAGGAGGAGAGCGGCCUUGAGUCAUCAGAACGUGUGGAGACUGUUGGUCUGAUGCCCACUCUCUGCCCGUUCUCCUCAUGAGAAAAACUGAA